GGGAGGUUUGUUUGGAGGAGAGCGGGAGGACUGAGGCUGGAGCCGGACCGGGGCAUGCCUGGAAAGUCUCUUUUUUACAGAAAAAAUCUUGAGUUUUGAACACUGUAAUUCAUUUCUACAGUUUGUUAUUGGGAAAAGAUCUCAGCGAUUUCCCAACAUGAAAAUGGAAUGGCAAGAUAUCCCGAUAGGGGAGGGACCAGCAGGGAGGGGAAUGGCUGCUCACGACCUCCAGGCUGGGAGUAUCGGAGGAUUCCUUCGAAGGAGGCCAGGAGAUCAUCCAGCAGCAGAGGGUUCCCUUUCCCUGGCGCAGUGGGAAGCUCAGUGGCAGGAGUUCCUCAGGACAGUGGAAAGCCCUCACUCUGGAUGGGGAAACCCCCACUUGCCAGCAAAACCUUCGCCCUGGGAUGAUGCCAAGGCUUUUCUGGCCUCCUUUGAGCAAGUGGCUGAAGCCUGUCAGUGGCCCCAGGAAGAGUGGGUGACCCGACUCCAGCCAGCCCUUAGUGGAGAAGCUGAGCAGGCCUUUAACAGCGUGGAUGUCAGAGACAGAGAGCAUUAUGGGAAGGUGAAGGCAGCCAUCUUGAGAGCGGAUGCACUAAUCUGGGAGAAGCAGCGCCAGGAGUUCAGGCGUUUCUGCUACCAGAAGGCUGAGGGCCCACGGGGGGCUUACAGCCAACUUCGGGAAAUGUGCUGUGGGUGGCUGCGAGUGGAGAAGCACAGCAAGGAGCAGAUCCUGGAGCUCUUGAUCCUGGAGCAGCUGCUGACUGUCCUGCCCCCGGAGAUCCAGAGCUGGGUGAGCGAAGGCGGCCCUGAGAGCUGCUCCCAGGCAGUGGCCCUGGCUGAAGAGUUCCUCUUGCGGCAGGAGACGCAGGUGCCCUUGGAGGAGGCAUCUGGGAGGGUCUCCGAGGCAGGCCAGGAUCCGUCUGAGAUUGAGCAGAGGCAGCUCUCGAUGGGGCUCAAGGAAGAAGAGGAUGGAGAAGCCAGCCUGCUAGCAGGAGAAGUACAGAAGACGGUUGAAGAAUUCCAGGGGUUCUCAUUGAAUAAAAGCAAGAAUGAAGAAUCUAAAGGAAACUUCAGGAUUCGAACUCGGCCACCAAGGCAGGAGGAAAGCCAUGCAGAAAAGAUGAGGGAUAAGCCCAUUCUGUGCCAAGGAGGGGGAGUCCAUGAAAUCCCAGUCCGAGCAGAACGAUCACCCCAAAAGAGAAGGAAAGAAGGGCAUGAAAAUGAAAGUAUGGCGUCUGGAACAACUUUAAUUCAGAGCAUGAAUGUUAUUUCCCAUCUAAACAUUCCCUCAGGAGACAAACCAUAUUGUUGCUUGGAGUGUGGAAAAGGCUUCAGUCGGAGAUCAGCCCUUGCUUCACAUCAGAGGAUUCACUCAGCAGGGGAUGGUCAGGAGAAUGAGGAUGAUAAGGAACGGCUUCCGUCAUCCCCAGAUAAAGCAAAAGAUGAAGAGCUGAAAGGAAACUUCAGGAAUUCAGGCGGACCCAAGAGACAAAAGGGAAGCCACACAGCGGAAAAGAGGGAUAAACACAUUCCUUGCCAAAGAGAAGGUUUCUGUGAAGAAUUUCACAUGUUGGAGGAAAGAUACAAGUGCUUGAAGUGUGGAAUGAACUUCUCAGAUCAAUCUCAGUAUAAUAUUCAUUUGCGAAAGCACAAUGGAAAGAAGACCCAUAAAUGCUUGGAGUGUGGGAAGUGCUUUGGGUACACAUCACACCUCCUCGUUCACCGAAGAAUUCACACAGGGGAGAAACCUUUUGAAUGCUCAGAAUGUGGAAAGAGCUUCAUCUCGAGCAGUGAUCUGCAGCGGCAUCUAAGACGCCACACAGGGGAGAAACCUUUUGAGUGCUCAGAGUGUGGAAAGAGCUUCAUCUCAAGCAGUGAUCUACAGCGGCAUAAAAGAACCCACACAGGGGAGAAACAAUUUGAAUGCUUAGAAUGUGGGAAAAAAUUCAGUCAGAAUUACAAUCUUCAACAGCAUCAAAGAACCCACAUGUGGGAGAAACCGCUUGAAUGUUCAGAGUGUGGAAAGAAGCUUAGUUAGAGUUGCCAUCUUCAACAGCAUCUAAGAACCCACACAAGGGAGAAACUGCUUGAAUGCUCAGAGUGUGGAAAGAGAUUCACUCGCAAAGUCCACCUUCGCUGACAUCAGACAAUCGACAUGAGGAGAAACCACGUAGCUAUUCAGGCAGUGGCAAGAGCUCACCUCAUAUUUUAAACCUUAAAAUCAACCACAGAGUCCAAACAACACUGAAACCAUUUAAACGCUUAGAGAGUGCUUGUAUCUCUACAGAAACCUUGCCAUAACUGCAGUCCAUCAGCCCCACUGCUCAACACUCACUGGUCCACCUUGCCUUCUGAGGCGUCUAGGCCCCAGCAGCUAAGUCUCUGCCUGCCACAUGCCUAUAACCCUCACCGCUGGCGUGGUUGCCAACAAAUAGGCUCCUUCCUACAUUGUUGAUGGGAUUGCCCUCAGAUUUCUCAGUACUGGGCUAUGGUUUUGGAAAUGAUUGAUAGGAUCACCGGAUAUACCAUUCAACCCUGCCCUGAAUUAGUCUUCCUCAACUCCGGAUAAUUAUGAUAUCCCAGCAAUCAAGAAAGAUUUUAUUUCUCUCAUUUUAAACGCUGCCAAAGUGCUCAUGUCAAAAUCCUGGAAAUCAAAAGUUCCGUUCUCUAUUCAUCCUUGGCUCAAUAAAAUGUGGGAAUUUCUCACCACGGAAAAAAAAAUCACAGAAAACCAGGCUGUCCAAUCAAAUUUCUGUGUGAAAUGGUUGCCCCUUUUAGAUUUCAUAGAACACCAAAAUAAAUAUUUAAAUCCGGUUCCAGACAGUCUUUUUUAUAUAUAUAAACUUUAUUUAAGAGAA